AUGCAGCCGUUCAACACCCCCGUUCAAAUUACACUGCAGGGCGGCCAGCGGUGCCAGGGGAGGACAGCCUUGUCUACCUCAGAGAGGAAGAGAAAUAUAUACCACAAUAAUGGAGACCCACUGAAUGUGCACAAGAAACUGCCUUCCAGUGCUGGAGAGGACCGAGCCAUGCUUCUAGGAUUUGCAAUGAUGGGCUUCUCAGUCCUAAUGUUCUUCUUGUUUGGAAUAACCAUCCUAAAGCCUUUUAUGCUCAGCACUCAGAGAGAAGAAUCGAACUGCACCACCAUGCACACCCACAUCAUGGAUGACUGGAUGGGCUGUGCUUUCACCUGUGACGUGGCCUGCCAAGGUCAGGGCAAAUACCCGUGUCUUCAGGUGGUUGUGAACCUCACCCAUUCAGGUCAGAAAGCUCUCCUACAUUAUAAUGAAGAGGCUGUCCAGAUAAAUUCCAAGUGCUUUUACACACCUAAGUGCCACCGAGAUAGAAAUGAUUUGCUCAACAGUGCUCUGGACAUAAAGGAAUUCUUCGAUCACAAAAAUGGAACCCCCUUUUCAUGCUUCUACAGUCCAGACAGCCAGUCUGAAGAUGUCAUUCUUAUAAAAAAGUACGACCAAACGGUCAUCUUCCACUGUUUAUUUUGGCCUUCCUUAACUCUGCUAGGUGGUGCCCUGAUUGUUGGCAUGGUGAGAUUGACACAGUACCUGUCCCUACUGUGUGAAAGACACAGCACUGCACUCAAGAGGUGAUAUAGGCGGCUAAGUGCCUCGAAUGGAAAAGCAUCAAUUCAAACUGUGAAGUGUGGGGAGAAGCAAAGGAAGGA